AUGGCCGAGAUCGGGGGAUAUGGUGCUGUAUAUCCACUAUUUCACGAGGGCAUCAAGGUGAUCCCAGGUAGCAUCAUCGACAUCGGACGCACGGGGGGCUUUUUCGUCGAUAYGAUCGCGAACAUUGUAGGCACAGACAUGGAUGUUGAAGAACUCCACCCACGAUGCAUAGUGGUCGUCGGUCUGAUUAAGUAUGAGUGGUAUGGCAUUGCGGAUAUUGCUUACGGUGAAGGCUGGGUGGAAUGCCGGUUUAGGGUUGGCGUUGCCGCCGCUGGCACCCAUUCGGGAGGGAAGGAAGAAGAAGGGUUAACGGUGGUGGUUAGGGUUAGAGACGAGAUUGGACGAGGUGGUGGUGGUAUUGUGUACAAAGGCAUAUUGCCCGACACCCGAGAGGUAGCAAUUAAACGACUAAAUGAGGCUGGCCAUGGAGAAGCUAAAUUUCUGGCAGAGAUAAGCAUAAUUGGGAAGAUAAAUCAUAUGAACUUGAUAGAAACGUAUGGUUAUUGUGCUGAGGGAAGCCAUAGGAUCUUGGUCUAUGAGUACAUGCAGAAUGGCUUAUUGGCUAAGAACUUAAGUGCAAAUCAACUUGAUUGGAGGAAGAGGUUUGAAAUUGCAAUAGGUGUGGCCAAAGGGUUAGCUUAUCUACAUGAAGAAUGCUUGGAGUGGGUUUUGCACUGUGAUGUUAAACCACAUAACAUAUUGUUGGAUGCCGACUACAAUCCAAAAGUGGCAGAUUUUGGCUUGUCCAAGCUUUUCAACCGAGGUGCAAUAGAGAAUUCCAUAUUCUCUAAGAUACGAGGGACUAGAGGGUAUAUGGCUCCAGAAUGGGUGUUCAAUCUUCCAAUUACCUCAAAAGUGGAUGUUUAUAGCUAUGGAAUAGUGGUGCUAGAGAUGGUUACAGGUCGAAGUCCGACAUACCAAAAACCUCUUGUAACUUGGGUUAGAGAGAAGGCUCACAAGGCUAUUAGAAUUUUGACAGAAACACAAAUCAUGGAGAUACUGGAUCCUAUGAUGAGGGAUGAAUAUGAUAAGGUCCAAAUACAAAUUCUUUUAAAUGUGGCUCUACAAUGUGUUGAAGAAGAUACAGAUGCCAGACCUACCAUGAGCGAGGUCGUGAAGAUGCUUCUCCACCCUUAA